AUGGAGCGGCUAUCUCUAAACGAAAGCCCUGCCAAUGCGCAGCGCAAUCCUCAGCAGCAACAGCAACAAUUCUCUCAGCAAAAUGCUCUCGGCCCCGCUAGCUCCCAGGAACGUGGUGGCCCACCCCAAUUACCGCCUCAGAUGUUCACGACCGCCGCACAACUGCUCGACCUAACAGAUAAGAAACUCGUCCUCAUCCUCCGCGACGGGCGGAAACUUAUCGGCGUUUUGCGAAGCUGGGACCAGUUCGCGAACCUUGUUUUCCAGGAAACGAUUGAGCGCAUCUACGCGGGCGGUCUUUACGCCGAUGUGAACCGGGGGAUUUUCAUCGUCCGUGGAGAGAACGUGCUCCUCCUAGGCGAAGUGGACCUCGACCGCGAAGACGACAUCCCUCCCACCCUGACCAAGGCAACAUUCGAAGAAGUCUUCGAAAUCAAGAAGAAGGAAGACGAGAAGAGGAACACGGGCGAUAAGAAACGGUACAAGGAGCUACAAGCACUCGGCUUCGAGCCUGAGCAUAGUGGCGAGAUUCUGUUCUAA